AUGGGAAGUGAUGGAGUUUUGCGCCUCAGUAGUUCCGCUCUAAAUAAUGAAUUCUUCGCGUAUGCAGCACAAGGGUGGAAACAGAGAUUGGCAGAAGGAGAAUUUACACCAGAAAUGCAGUUGCGCAUCAGACAAGAGAUUGAAAAGGAAAAGAAAACAGAACCUUGGAAAGAAAAAUUCUUUGAAAGGUUUUAUGGUGAAAAAUUGGGAAUGUCAAGAGGGGAAUCAAUGAAACUCACUGCAGUGCAGAACAAUGAUGAAGAUGAAAGCAAUUCUUUGUGUGGAUCUUCUGGCACACCUGGUCCUUCUAAGGAAGCAACCUUGGACAACCAAGAAGAGAAAGGCGAUAAAAUUCCAUCUUUACCAGAGAGAGAUUGUUGUCCAUCUCCUUGCAGUAUGGAACAGGUUCCUGUCAAGGAUCUAACAGCAGACUCAGAAGAUAUACUGAUACCUGAAGAAUCAAUCAUUCAGGAGGAGAUUGCUGAAGAGGUUGAGACAAGUAUUUGUGAAUGCCAAGAGGAGAACCAUAAAACAGAACAUGAGUUUUCUGAGGAGUCAGUAAGUCCAGCUGGCACAAAUGAAGAAACAGAGGCAGUACAGCUUGCAGACAGCACAGAGUCCUGUGUCAUGGUGAAUGAUGUAACUGGUACUGUAUCUCACAUUGAAAUUAAAGUGGAGUUGAAGUCAGAAUGCCCUCAGGAGGAGAUGUCAGUUGUGAUAGAUCAGCUGGAGGAUUGUGUAUCACCAGCACGAUCAGCUUCAUCCACAAACUCUGUCAGUGAUACAGCAGAGAAGGAUUCUGAGUCUGCAAAAGAGCUAAUUGCACCAGAAAUGCAAAAUGCUGCUCUGGAAGGCUCCUUGUUCACUGGUGGAGGCAUUGCAGUGGAUAUGGAGCUUCAAAGUGACCCUGAGGAACAGUUGUCUGAGAAUGCUUGUAUUUCUGAAACUUCCUUUUCCUCUGAGAGUCCAGAAGGACCGUGUGUUUGUAUUGCCUCUCCUGGAGGAGAUACUCAGUCGACUUCAGAGGAGCCCUGUACUCCAGCAUCUCUUGAAACAGCUUGCUCAUCUGAAGUGUCCAGUACUGAAAACAUUGAAGGUGAUAUUCAGCAAAAGGCCAGUGAUGAAAACUUGCACACACCUUUAAUGUCAGAAAUCUCUCCAAUGUCCACAUCACCUGUAACCUCAGAAGCAUCUCUGAUGUCAAACUUACCUUUAACAUCAGAGGCAUCACCAGCUUCUAAUUUGCCUUUAACAUCAGAAACAUCUCCAAUGUCUGAUUUGCCUUUAACAUCAGAAACAUCUUCAGUAUCUUCCGUUCUUCUAACUUCUGAAACAUCUGUGGCAAAUAGUUUGCCUCUUCCAUCAGAGACAUCUCCAGUUUCUAAUUCCCCAAGCAAUGAAAGACUUAUUCUGCAACAAAGGAAAUCACCAUGUUUAUUGGAAGACUCCCUUUCCACUUUGAAAGAAGAAAGCUCUGCCAUGCCUAAGGUGCUUCAAGAAGAGAAUCUUGUUGUACAGCCAAAGCAACUUCAGAGUAUCCCUGAAAAUAUAAAAGUUGGUCCACUUACAAUUAUACCUGAUACUUCAGCAUUGGAAGAGCCCCAAAGCAAAAACCUCAGUCAUCAGCCAAGUAAGUCACAUUCUGAAAUUGAGAAAUCCUACAUUGCAUCCAUCCCAGAACACUCUCCUCCAGAGGUGGUGAAAAUCAAAAAUCACAGUGUUCAGCAAAGAGGUGACAAGAAAGGUACACUCUUGCCAUCAGAGGUAGUUGUCUUAUCAGAAGGAUCAGUUGGCAAAAACAUCGAGUUGCUUCCAUCAAAGCCACAUGAUAAACUAUAUACCUCAUCUCUAGAGAAAGCUACAUUCUCUGAAGUGUGCAGAAGUAAAUCUCACAAGCUAACAGGCAGCACCCAAAGCCGUCUAGAGAGUUCACAUUCUUCCAAGUCGUUAGAACCCACAAAAUCACCUGAAGUGAGGAAUGAAAGUAGAGACCCAGAGAUCCCAAAGAGGAAAACAGCAGAACAGCACAGUUUUGGAAUCUGCAAAGAGAAGAGAGCUAGAAUAGAUGAUGAUCAGCCUAACCGCAGUGCUUCAUCAACAAGUCCAUCUGAUAAAGAUCAGCCGCCCAGAGAAGAACCCCGAGUUCCACCCCUUAAGAUUCAGCUUUCAAAAAUUGGACCACCUUUUAUCAUCAAGAGCCAACCGGUUUCUAAACCAGAACCUCGAGUUUCCCCAAGUACAUCGGUCAGCAGUGGGAGAAACACUGGGGCUAGAACUCUUGCAGAUAUCAAAGCAAGAGCUCAGCAAGCAAGAGCCCAAAGAGAAGCUGCAGCUGCAGCAGCCGUGGCAGCGGCUGCGAGCCUAGUCUCUGGAGCCAUGGGGACCCCAUGCGAAGGUGGGAAGACAAGAACACUGGCACACAUCAAGGAGCAAACAAAGGCCAAACUGUUUGCAAAACAUCAAGCCAGAGCUCAUUUACUCCAGACUAAUAAAGAAUCAAAAUCGCAGUUCAGCUCAAAGGAAAGUACCUCAUCUCUGGAGAUACCAACUUCUACUGAUACAAAGAUUGAAGGUUCUACUGGUGUCAUUAUAGUUAAUCCCAACUGCAGGUCCCCUAGCAACAAGUCUGCUCAUCACCGUGAGACUACCACUUUAUUGCAGCAGUCGCUUAACACAGCUACGUUACCAGAAACUGCUACUGAGAUAUCUGUGCACAGUUCUGAUGAAAAUAUACCUAUGCCACAAUUGUGUGAGAAAAUUAUUUCAUCUACCUCUACUGAAAGUAACAGUGUGCCAGUGCUUUAUAAUAAAAGUUCAGUCUCUGUGUCUGUUUGCAGCACUGCUAUGUCUGGAGCAAUUAAAGAACUUUCUUUUGCAAGUUCUGUUGAUAAAUCCUCUGUUUUAAUGUCUGUUGACAGUGCAAACACAGCAGUUUCAGCUUGUAAUAUAAAUAUGCUGAAAACCAUCCAAGGGGCUGAUACUCCAUGCAUAACUGUUGGACCAAAAUGUAUUGAUAACAGUAAUGUACCAGUCUCCAUAGACAACACAGUCUUACCAAAUUCCAUCGAUGACAAAAGGUUGCCGAUACCAAGUAGCAAAGUGAAUAACGCAGUCUCCAGUCAUUAUGCCACUGUGCCAGCUUCAUCUGUUGCAAAUAAUUUGCCAAAUCAUCUCUCUGGUAGUUCUGUACUGAUUCCCCCAGUGGGGACUACCAACAGAUUCUCUUCUGAUAAGAUAGCCAUAACUGGGUGUAACGAGCAAAGCACUGUCUCCAUUCACACUACGGUUAGGUCAGCUCUAAGUUGCAGUGAGGCCCUUGCAGUAGCAGAUUCUGUUGCAAGGCCGCCCAUUUCGAUGUUUACUGGUAACAUGGUGACAAUAAGCUCUUACGAUAAUGCUACUAAAUUAAAUGCUGAUCUCUUAGAAAAAAGCUCUGGAGCACGAAGCCGAAUGGAUCUCUCUGGUAAAUCUCAGCCAGUGAGCUUUACACAAACUGCCGUGAAUAGGUCUAUACCUUGCAAAGUCAUUGUUGAUCACACUACAAAUCUGAAUUCCAGUCUGUCACUUUCUUCUUCUAUUGAAAAUGCAGAGAACAGCAUUGACCUGCAAAGCAGACCUGGAAGGACAGAAGCUACCUUGCAAAGUGUAGCCUGUCCUCAGGUGUCUGUCAUAAGCAGGCCCGAAGUGGUCUCUAAUGAAAGCCUUGAGCACAGUUCCAGCUUUAUCACCAUUACAGCAAAGCAAGACAGCAAGAACUUGCAGGCAGGUUGUUCAAGUCUUCGAGAAGUGCCUCUUGCUCCUCAAGAUAAAUUAAUUGAGGUGGUUACUCCCAGCCAAGGUUUUUCUGAGCAAUUAAGAGGUCCUUCAGGAUUUAAAAAUGAAGCAGAUGCUGCCUGUGCCAAUCAGUAUAACACGAACAAUAGAAUUUGUUGGCAUGAUGAAGAGGCAAUGAGUACAGACCAGCCAGUGGUCAGCCAUCUUACCUCUGGUAAGCAUAAGGAAUACGCAGAGCAAAACUGCUUAAAAAAUGUCAAAACUGAACCUUCCAGUUACACGCAAAUGUCAGAACUGCAAUCCAGGAGUCUUUUGACGAGUGUUGCUGUUCCUGUUAAAUCAGAAACUAAUGAGUCUGACAAGUGCUUCAGGAUGGACACCGAGGAUUUUACAGGACCUGAAAUGCCUGCCCAGACUGCAGAAAUAGCCACGAGUGCGCAGCCACCGCAGACCUCCAAGACAUCCGUUGCGGACUCCAUGGAAGAUUCCCUGUCCCUGACAACAGAAACCCUGAAGAGAGUUACCAGUGCCGGGGGCUCUGGCUGUCGCUUGUCGUCAGUGGAGGCCAACAAUCCGUUAGUGACACAGUUACUGCAAGGCAAUCUGCCUUUAGAGAAAGUGCUGCCGCAGCCCAGAUCAGGAGCCAAACUCGAAAUUAACAGGCUUCCCUUGCCUUUGCAAACUACCUCAGUAUGUAAAACAGCAGUGUCCGAGAGAAAUAUUGUUGAACAUCCUUCCAACUCUCCUCAUCCAGAUGGUAAAGGAUUUACAGCAGGCAGCAUGGCCCCGCUACAAAUCAGAAAGCGUGAAAACCAUCCCAAAAAGAGGAUGGCCAGGACUGUAGGGGAACAUGCUCAAAUUAAAUGUGAGCCUGGGAAGGUGUCAAUGGACACAGAUGUUAAAGUGGCUCCUUGUGUAAUUAGUUCCAGCAUGAAUCAGCUAGGGCAUGGUCAGCCAUUUAAGCAGGAGUGGCUGAACAAACAUGCCGCUCAGAGCCGAAUCGCUCACAGCCCGGAGAUCAAGCAGCAGAAGAGGCCGUUGCCUUCAUGCAGUUUCCAGCAGAGCUUGUUUCACAUUGAUAAAAAUGGCAGCUUUCAUGCAGAAGCUAGUACCUCACACAGACAGCAUUUUUACCAAAUGUCCAUGGCUGCAAGAGGCCCCAUUCCUACGGCAGCUUUGUUGCAAACUACUUCAAAAGGCCCACCUGGCUGCAGCGCAUUCGCUUUCAGCAGGCACCUGGAACAGAAGGGCUUGGGAGACGUGAAUAUUUCUACAGCAGCUCACCAGCUGAGGCUAGGAAGUGUGUUUUCCCCCAAUAUUCAGAUUAAGGAAGGUGAUGACAUUGCCAGUGCCUCUCAAACUCUGCAGAGUAAAACAUUAGCGCACCCCCCUCCUCCCCCUCUGCCCCUGCCACCG